UCCAUCCCACCACAAAACGUGUGCCCUACCGGCCCCGGCGCUGGCAUUGCAGGCGGCGGCAUUCGUGACUCACCUGCGCGCCACCACCACCUCACCGGCCCACCGAAACAACGGGAAGCAACGCGUGCCGCCCCGCAUCUCCUCGUACCAAUCGCCCGCAGGUGGUCUUACAAAUAGCAGGGCCCGCGGCGGAACCGACGACGCCUGCUCUCGCUCCAGCCGGUAGCUAGAGCCGCACGUCGCCGACGCUCGCGCACGGCGGGUGACACGAUGAUGUCGGGCGCCGAGGCCGCUGCGGGGGACGACGACGAGGUCGUCCACGACUUCACCCCGCUCCUCCUGGUGUACAGGAGCGGCCGCCUCGAGCGGCCCAUCGCCAUGCCGCCCGUCCCGCCCGGCGUCGACGCCGCCACGGGCGCCGCGUCCAGGGACGUGGCCCUCUCCCCGCACUCCUUCGCGCGCCUCAACCUCCCGCCGGCGGCCAGCGAGGGCAGCACGCGGCUCCCCGUGGUCGUCUACUUCCACGGCGGCGGCUUCGUGAGCGGGUCGGCCGCGUCCGCCGCGUACCACCGCUGCCUCAACGACCUCGCCGCGGCCUGCCCUGCCGUCGCGGUCUCCGUGGACUACCGCCUCGCGCCGGAGCACCCGCUCCCCGCCGCGUACGAGGACUCCCUCGCGGCCCUGGAGUGGGUGCUCGCCGCGGCGGACCCGUGGCUCGCGGCGCACGGCGACCCCGCCCGCGUGUUCCUGGCCGGCGACAGCGCGGGCGGCAACAUCUGCCACCACCUCGCCAUGCACCCGGGCGUCCGGGGCGCCGGCCUCAGGGGCGUCGUGCUGAUCCACCCGUGGUUCUGGGGCCGGGAGCCCGUCGGCGGGGAGCCCCGGGGCCCCGCGAAGAUGCAGAAGGGCCUGUGGGAGUUCGUGUGCCCCGGCGCGGUGGGCGGCGAGGACGACCCCCGGAUGAACCCGACCGCGCCGGGCGCGCCGGGGCUCGAGGGCCUCGCGUGCGGGAAGGUGAUGGUGUGCGUGGCCGAGGGGGACGUGCUGCGGUGGCGCGGCAAGCUGUACGCGGAGGCGGCGGCGCGGGCGAGGGGCGCCGACCCGCGCGUGGAGCUGUUCGAGUCGGAGGGGGUGGGGCACGUGUUCUACCUGCUGGAGCCCGCGGCGGAGAAGGCCAAGGAGCUGCUGGACAGGAUCGCGGCGUUCGUCGGUGCGGAGUGAUGAGCAGGAAGGCCGUUCGGUUCACGAAUGGCCACAGUAGCAACAGCAUUUUAUGAUUUUAUCACAAAAAAGGUGACAGACAGAGAUGUUGAUGGUUUAAUUUGAAUUAGUUUUAUACGCGCCUUAUCUGUAUUCGGCCGAUGGUAACAGAGUUGUGUAAUUUUUUUUGAAAAAUUAGCAUGUAAAUUAUUUGCUGAAAGAGAUGCAUCGCUAUUCAUGGCUCACCAGCCCCACGACAA